GGACAAAUAUGAGAUAGGUUGGAUUGAACUAGUGGAAGAAGUAUUUGAGAAGCUGUGGACAUGUGUUUUGAAAGGUGUGCCAGGUGUAUCGGUUGUAAGUUGCUCAUCCUUGCCCUGCUCAGCAUUGCUGCCAACAUUUUACUUUAUUUUCCCAAUGGAGAAACAAGAUUUGCUUCUGAGCAUCAUCUCAGCAAAUAUGUGGAGUGCCUUCAUGGCAUUCUAGGCGGAGGCCUUUUGGUGCUCAUUCCAGCUGCAGUAUUCAUUGGACUGCACAAUGAUGACUGCUGCGGGUGCUUUGGCCAUAAGAACUGCGGGAAAAGCUGUGCGAUGCUGUCCUCAGUUCUGGCAGCCUGUGUUGGGAUCCUUGGUUCUGGGUACUGUAUAAUCAUUUCAGCACUGGGCUUGUCUCAGGGACCAUAUUGUUUUACUCAUGUAGAAAGAAACUGGAUCUAUCCUUUCACUGAAUCCUCUGGAGGGUACCUGUUAGAGUAUAAUGAGUGGUCUAAGUGUCAAGAACCUCAAAACAUCGUGCAGUGGAAUGUCACUCUCUUUUCCAUUCUCCUUGUCUUGGGAGGAAUAGAGUUCAUUCUGUGCUCCAUACAGAUAGUCAACGGUAUUCUUGGAGGAGUGUGUAGACUGUGCUGCAGCAGUGAUGAGACACUUUCUUGCUAGAAAACCAGAAAAUGAGUUGAAGUUGGUGCAUAUGCAUGGUGCAUUGAGUACCCUCUGUUGUGUUGUGUUUUGGUUUCUUAAAUGUUGCAUGUAUACUGAAAUGCACAAUUUGUUGUCAAACUGUGUGGUCACCAUCAAUGAAACUGACUUAGGGCCAUCCUCUGU